AGUGGGUGUAUUUACAGAAGACAUAUGUAGAUAGGUUCAGAUUAUCAAAAUGUAGUUACUAGUAGUGAGAACUGCACUCGUAUGCAACACUGAUGCACGAAAUGAACGGAAAAAUGCUCGUAAAUGCUAUAAUGCAGUUUUAUUGAAGAUUAAAAAAGGAUGCUCUUUUCCGUACCUUGUAAAAUCAUGCAUCAUCUAUUGACUUUACAACAUAGUUUUGAAAUUCCGUGGUUCGAUCACUGGUAGGGUCAUAGGUUCACAAUAAUGAAUAGUUUGAUCCUAAGACUAAGCAGCUGUCUAUUAAAACCUAGUCAUUUUACUUAGAUCAGUCCAUAAUUCAACAGUUUUCCUAAGUACUUUAUCGUCAUAACACAUGUGCGCACUAGUAACUAAUUUUUGAUAGUAAUUCACGGAUUUCUAGUGGGCUUCCCUAUUAAUGUAGAGUGUAAGACAAAUACUCACCAGUGACAUUGAACGAUAGUUAUGCAGUGUCGCAAAUUAAUUUAAGUUAGAAAUUCAAACUACUGGACACCGACCUAGUGCUUCUUUCCAAUCUAUUGAAUCUUGUGAAUUUACUCUACUUAUGACGUAAUGGGUUAUUUGUCUCAGUUCAAUAUAUUUUCUAUAAUUUGUAUCCCCUCACUUAAACAGAAAUCAUUAUAGUUACUGAGAGAAUAUUAAGACUGUUUUUCAUUUCAGAUCGUUUUUGUUAAUGGUCUUCAUGGAUUCUCCCAACGUCAGUAAUAAGCAGAUCUGGCCAUUAGUGGAUGUUAAUUCAGACGACGAAGCAUGUUGGGAUGAUAAAGAUUUAAUUGCUGAAUAUGAUAGAAUUGAGUCUCUUGUUCAGGAUAAAUUAACAAGAGAACUGAAUAAAAAUGCAAAACACAAGUCCUAUGGAAUCAGUGACAAUUUCCAUAAAAAUUUAAAUAAAAAUUCAUCCAGUACGUGUAAUAAAUCGAAGGUACACCAUAAUAAAGAUAUUCAUGGAGAAAAUGUCGGCUUAGCGAAUAUUCAACCACUCAUUGUCAAUAGCAAUCCAGUUUGUGACUUCCAAUGGAUUCCGCCGUGUUUAAAACCUCCGCCUCAAUUAUUUUCUAAUUUGGCUUCACCAAGGGACAGUCAUCUUCCUAGUGAUGUUCAACCUUCUGUUCCUUCUCAACCAAUCUUUAAUAGCACGAAAAGUGGCCUAUCAACUAUUGAACCUAUACUACGCUCCUGGUAUGAAGCAGGUUACCAACUUGGUCGUUCACAUGCUAUGAAGUUGAAGCCAACCUCAUCUGUACCUGCUCCAAACUCUUGUUAA